AUGAAGGCAGUAGUGUCCACCGGGAAGGCGUACUUCUGUACUAUUUUAUCAUCUUUCGCAAUUGUUAUCUUAUCAUUUAUUGGAUACCUCUUCCAGGUUGAACAUGAAACAAUGGUUGGAUCCACUGAAGAUCCUGCCGAUGGUAAGGCUGUCGCCAAAACUGUCUUUGGUGCAGUCUUCGUAUACUUAGCAUUCUUCGUUUUCUGUGGGUUACAAAUAGUGUUAAUCCAGAGAGAGAAUAGAAUUCAGUUGUAG